AUGCCCAACGGCGCCCCCACGCCGACCGGGGCGGAGGCCAACCGCCAGCCCCCCGCCGCGGCGGAGGAGGCUGACGGCGACAUCAUCACGCGCCAGCUGUCACGCGCCCGCCUGUACGGCCGCAGCAGCAACACCAACGCCAACAAUCACAGCGCCACCCCGGCCACCUCCAGCACGGCUGCCAACAACAAGAAUGACGGCGGCGGCGACGGCCCCAGGUCCACCUACAAGAAGGUCUACAAGGUGAGCAUUGACGGCGACGACGGCGACAGAGACUUCCUCAAGUGCGCAGGGAUGAUAGCAGCCAUCAUAUCCUCGCGGCAGGCGUACAAGGGCUGCGACAAGGGCGAACUGGAGGUUUCCUUUGAGUCGGAUGCGCUGGACCUUUUCACGCAGCUGCAGGGCCAGCAAAGUGGGGAUGGGUGUGUGCUGAAGUUCGACGCCGGCGUGUACCGGUUUACCGGGAUGAAGACGGAGAUAGUGCCAUGGGAGACGUACGUGCGUGACGUCAAGGCGGUUUUCAGCGCCAUUGAGUCGGGCCCCUGUCUUUCCACCGCGAGGACGCGGCUCACCACAAUUGCUGAGAAGUCGCAGCUGUACUUUCUCUUGAAUGGCGGGGUGGAGCUGAGCUACAACAAGGACAUGCUCGGGGGCGGAGUGUACGCCAUCUGUGCGCGCGUCGACAACGCCGUGCACCUGCCGACCUCCGUGACGGUCCCGACGCUGCUGGACUUUAUCAUUACAACGGCGGUGGAGCAGCCGCGGACGCCGCUCUUCCACGACGAGCGGGGCAGGCUUGUCCACCUCAUGGAGUACUUGGAAAGCUGUGGGGUGCGGGACCCAAGUGAGAUCACCGGGCAGGGACUUGGGCUGCAGCCGCUGCCGCAGAGAAACAAGUUUCAGCAGUUCAACGUGCUAGACACAAACCUCAAUCCCUCCGGGAACUUUGGCGCCCACCUGCUGCAGGCAAUAUUCUCCACAACUGGGCCCAAAGACGGCGACCUCUUCGGCGCCCUCAUCCGUCCCGAGCUGGAGAAGCGGGAGUUCAAAGACCGGCAGGUGGUGGCGACCGAGAUACUCUUCCCGCUCUACGGCCAAAACGCCGAGGAACUGCAAAAGCUUGCGGCAUGGGUGCGGCGGCAGGGCUUUAACUCGUUCGAGCUGAACAUGUGGACGCUGUGCAUUCCACGCUCCGCACCGCUGCGUGGACCCAAUGAGCAGCCCGUCACAUGCGUCACCCUCGGUGACCAGUUGCGCCACAUCUUUUAUCCCAUGUUCAUGGCGACGCUUUACCCCAUGGACGUCGCCUGGGCGGACGUGGCCGCCCUGCUGCGCAAAACGGGCGCGAUCAGCAUUCGCCCUAAGCGCGUUUUUCACACUGAAAACUUCCUGUCCCAGGCUGUAGACCCCGACGACAUCAAGUACGGCGACGCGGUGAACGACCACUACUUCUUUUAUUACAUUUGGGCGAAUCUGGCCACACUUAACGCCCUCCGCACGCGUCUCGGCCUGAACACCUUAAAUUUUUCUCCCUCCGUCUUUGAGGUGGCGCCGGCGUACGAUCAGUUGGUGUCGAGCUUUCUCCUGGCGGAUGUGGUGUACCACGCCACCUCGCUGGAAAAGAGCUGGAUUAUGCAGUAUCUCUUUAUGUACUGCCGCAUCGGGGUCGUCAUGUCGCCGCUGCGGGACAACACGCUCCGUAUGUCCUACUUCGACCACCCCCUUGUGCGGUACCUGUCGCAGGGGCUGCUGGUGUCCGUGACCACCUCCGACCCGCUGUACUUUCACCACUCCGCCACCCCGCUGGUGGAGGAGUACGCCACCUUGAUGAAGCUGCACUCCCUGCUGCCGAUGGACGUCUGUGAGCUCGCACGCAACAGCGUGCUCAACAGCAACUUCCCGCUGGAGAUGAAGCGGCGGUGGCUGGGGGACGAGUUUCAGGUGGCCGUGAACCGGGGGAACGACAUCCGGCGCUCCGGCGUCUGUGACGCCCGUCUGGAGUUUCGCAGCGAGUGCCUCGUCCACGAGGAGACGGUACUGAACCUAGUUCUCUCGCAGGUCUGCAAAAAAGGCGAGCAGCCGGUGUCGCUCUCUUUUCUAUCCAUGCGAAACCCGGCCCGAAUGUCGGCAGAGGAGUCGCACCACUCGCGCGGGGGUUUGCGCCUCAACUACACGGAUUGGCGAGUGGUGUACCCGCGCAUUGACAUCGUUGGGGGCAAAAUCCAGGCCUCCGCCACCGACGCCGUGGAGCUGCUGCGCGACGUCAUCUCCCUGCGCACGAAGUACGUCAAAUCCCACGUCAUCGACAUCGAUGUGAAGGUGGAGGACGUCUUUAACGACUCCAAGUUUGACGAGUCCAAGUGGGAGUACAACAACUACUACGGCGUGUUUCUGCUCUCCCGCAUCGGCAAGCCGCCGCCGUGGCCGAUGUUUAUUCCGCCGGUGCGGGAGUUUAUCCGUGACGUGGCGGCCGUGCGAGAGGCGGUCAUGAGCCACCGCAAUCUGCAGGUCCUUGCCGACCAGCGACUUCAGCUGCUUGAGCGGAAGUUCCUGCUGCAUCUUUCGCUGAACAUUUCCAAGGAGGCAGGGAGGAAGGAGGAGAAGGAGUGGAACAGCCGCGACUUUUUCACGGCGCACAAGGUCGACACGAAUGUACAGACCGCGGCCGGCAUGAACGCCCGCACAUUGCUGGAGUUUUUCGUUGAAAAGGCGCUCCACCACGGCCAUGACGUGGUCUUUGAGGAGGACGACCAGCCCGUCACCCUGCGGCAGAUGCUGGAGCGCUGCCAGAUCAACGCCACCCGCAUUACCGUCGAUGAGCUGAACCACCUCAUCAGCUCCAAUCCGCACAUUCGCAACACGUUUUUGGAGGUGGACAACCUCAUGAAGGGACGCUACUUUGCGGAGCUGACCAAGCGCACCCUGGAGUUGUACCAGGAGGACGCCUUCAGCUUUUCCGAGAAUCGGCUGGUGAUUAAGGGGGCUGCGAAGGAUGAGUGGUGGAAGUUGGCGCAGUGGUUCGACCGCUACGGCAUGGCAAGUCCGCAGAAUCGGUGGAUGAUUAAUUUGCCGCGCCAGUACCGCCGCCUCCGACAGGAGGGUGUGGUGCGCAACUUUGGCGAGUACAUAGAUAACCUGUUCCAGCCGCUGUGGGAGAUCAGCCUGCACCCGGCCCAGGACACCAAACUCCACUACUUCCUCACGCACGUGUCGGGGAUGGACUGCGUGGGGGAUGAGUCCAAGAUGGACCUCCCACUCACCGCCACCUACCCGCACGACUGGGACAGCGACCUUAACCCGCCGUACAACCUCUACCUCUACUACUACUGGGCGAACAUCACCACCCUGAACGAGUUUCGCGCCUCCCGCGGCCUGGGAACCUUUUCGUUUCGACCGCAGUGCGGCGAGCUGGGCGGGGUGGAGCACCUCAUCGGUGGAUUUCUGCUCGCCAACGGCAUCAACCACGGCGUCACUCUCAGCCAAAACCCGGUUCUCGAGUACAUGUAUUAUAUAACGCAACUGGGGGUGGCAAUGUCGCCGCUGAGUAACACCGCGGCCGCCUCCGCCUACCUCUCAAACCCGUUUCCGCUCUUCUUUCGCCGCGGCCUUAACGUCAGCCUUGCGACCAAUGAGCCGCUCUACUUUCACUUCACGCGGGAGCCGCUGAUUGAGGAGUAUUCCAUCGCGGCCAAAAUUUGGCAGUUUGAAUUCAAUGACCUCUCUGAGAUUGCGCGGAAUAGCGUGAAAAAAAGUGGGUUUCCGCCUACCUGGAAGGAAAACGCCCUCGGAAGGUUGUACCACCUGAACUCGGCACUCGGCAACGAUGUGCGGAAGAGUCGUGUCUCGGACAUCCGUGUCGCAUAUCGCUACGAGGCGUACCACUCGGAGCUGGACUUUCUCUCAGGGCAGCUCUCGGGGGGACGGCAGAUGCCGCGGGCGAUGCGCCUGCUCGAGGAGGAAAUUGCCGUCUACGAGGAGGUCAUGCAGACCAAAGUGGUGCUGCCGGCCGUGGCGGACGAGGACGAGGGGCGGGAGGAGACACGCAGCCCAGCGGCCCGGGUAGUGCGGCUCAAGGCAGACUUGGAGGCGCUGGAGCGCGACAUGCAGCGCAUGCAGUUCCUCACCACGCAGUUGGGGAGCGAAAACCGGGGCAUUGUGGAGGCCUUCAACCGGAUCCGAGCGAAACUAGCAACGGAGGGCCUUGUUGUGAUGGGGAACCUCACCAACCGCCCCGCCUCACAAAGCGCAAACGGCGUCGCAGCCGGCAAGACAAACGACGACGGCAGCGGCAGCGGCGGCGGCGGGGGCGGCGUCCGUGAGAAUCACGUCAAGGAGUCUGCCUAA